AUGAAAUUCGGGCGGAACCUCGCUCGAAACCAAGUCCCAGAAUGGGCAACAGCUUACAUCAACUACAAGGGGCUCAAGAAGCUCAUCAAGGCGGCCGCAAAAGGAGGAAGCGAGGAGAAGCAGGAAGGAGACGGUCCUGAUCUUGCUGGAUUCUUUUACACCUUGGAUCGCAACCUCGAAGACGUGGACCAUUUCUACAACAAGAAAUAUCAGGACUUUUCUCGCCGGCUGAAACUCCUAGAAGACAGAUAUGGGGUGUUUCCUCAAGCCGUGGCGCAACUCGACGCCGACGAGCGCGAAGACCUCCUUGCAGCGCUGCUCGAACUGAGAGGACAGCUGAGAAACCUACGGUGGUACGGCGAGGUGAACAGACGGGGCUUCAUCAAAAUCACAAAGAAGUUGGAUAAGCGGAUCCCGCAAGCGCAUGCGCAGAAGAAGUACCUGGAGCUGAAGGUUGAUCCUUUAGCGUUCGCGACCAAUGCCCAGCUGUUUGCUUCAUUGGGCAAGAUCAACGAUGGCAUUUCUGUGCUGGGAGAGGUCGCGUCGUCUUCCGCCACCAAAAACGAUGAUGUGGCCUCUAUUUCGUCGGGGUCGUUGAUGCGCACUACCUCACGGCCGUCCUUACAUAUAUCGGCUGAACAGCUGGCAAAGAUCGAAGCCAACAUUCGUCAGGACGAUGCGACCAGCCUCGACGAGUGGGUCAAGGACAUUAAACAAGCUUCUGAGAACCCCGAAGCAGCUGUACAAUCGCUUCUGAACACUCUACUUCAGCGGGCCAUCUCGUCCCGGAGUCGGGCCUGCACCGCAUCUCUCCUCCGGGAAAUUGUCUUCCUCGAUGCACAAGAUGACAUUAAUAGACGCAACUGCGUACACCGACUGGUCAUCUCAAUUGGCCGAAAACAAAACAAUGCUGAUCAGGAUCCCGCUGCAGAAACGGCCUCCGACGCGGAGACGGCAUUGUACAACUUCAUCACUCCCGCUGCCCAUCCGUCGCCUGCGUUGAAGCGGUCGAUCUUGCAGGAAGACCAGAGAGUACAACUUACGACCCGCGACAAUGAGAACAUUUCGUUUCUACAAUUUUUGCUCGACAAUUUACGCCCCUCUCAGCGACCAUCACUCCUGGCAAGGGAUAGUGCAGGAAAGACGCCCCUGCAUUUCGCGGCUGAAUACGGCGUCAAGGUCAUGUGCGAGGUCAUUAUCGAGCAUCUCAACGCCUGGAAGCUGUUUGAUGUCUCGGAGGGCAUCGAUGGGCCACGCUGGCAGGAUCAAGAGGGCUGGGCCCCGUUGCAUCUGAGUGCAGUUGGUGGUCAUCCAUUAACAACCAAGGCACUGCUCGGCGCUGAGAAGGCUAUGGGAGUGCGGAUCAAGCAGCGGCCCUCAAAGUCGUCAGCCGUUCUUGCGCUCGCUACGAAAGCAAAUUACGUCGAGAUUGUCCGUCUCCUCAUCAAUGCCGGUGUGAACAUCAAUCACCAAGACGAACAAGGGGAUACAGCACUUCACGUCGCCGCUAGAUUUGGCCAUGUUGAAUGCGCCAAGCUGCUCUUAGAAGGGACAGAUGGCCAGACAGCCGAUGUCGAAGUGGCUGAACACACAUACGGUUGGACCCCUCUAUUCAUCGCUUGUGUCGAUGGCCAAGCUCCCAUCGUGGAGUUGGUGAUCGAACACGGAGCAGAUCUGGAACGACUUGACUCCUCAGGUUGGAAUGCUAAAGAGCACGCCGCACUUCGAGGACAUGUCAACAUUGCACAGAGGCUCGACACUGUCAUGCCACAGCAAGAACCAGAAGCGGACGUUUCUAUGACGGGGACGUCGCCGCCUGUGUCUUCUUCGCUGUCUGCAGCACUGACAGAGCGGAAAUCCAAUGGCCUGGGGUCUAAUGGGCAGAAUGGGAAGACCACAGAACCAGUGAAAACCUUUGGACAUCGCUAUUUGACGGACAAGAGCAUGGUUCUGGUCAGCUUGGGGACCAUGGACACCCGAAAGGCUGUCAAGGCUGUCAACCUUGACAAGAUUCCACUGUCGAAUGCUCAUUCCACCCAGCUCGACACGGCAUUGUCAGUUGUUGUAUCUGCCAAAUCCGCGGAGGGUGAGCCUGAGGUUAUCGACCUGCCUGUUCAAGACAACAUCUCGACAGAGCCUAUUGUCUUUCAUGCGGCAGACCCGUCCAAGGUCAAGAUAUACUUUGAUCUGAUCCCAACUUAUGCCGGCUCGCAGAACCGUAUUGUGGGCCGUGGUGUGGCUUUACUUUCGUCUGUCAAGUCCGACGUUGGGAGGAAGAGGAUGUCACUCCAGGGCGACGUCACGGUUCCCAUCGUUGCGGCGAGUGACCUCGAGGUGAUCGGCUCCGUCACCUUCAACUUCCUGGUAAUUACACCCUUCAGCCACCCAAACAUGUCCGUCACGGAACACCAGACUUACUGGAAGCGUAUGGCCUCCAACACCAUGCUGAUCGGCCACCGCGGGCUGGGCAAAAACUUGGCCGCAGGCAGGCGCUCGCUACAGCUAGGCGAGAACACGAUUCAGUCCUUCAUUGCAGCCGCCAAUUUGGGAGCUUCCUACGUCGAGUUCGACGUGCAACUCACCAAAGACCAUGUGCCAGUGAUCUAUCACGACUUCCUUGUCAGCGAGACAGGCAUCGAUGCACCGGUCCAUACCCUCACCCUUGAACAGUUCCUGCAUGUGAAUGAUAUGCGGACCCCGCGUCCAUCAAGGCCCGCAUCGCCCGUCGCAUUCGAGAUUCUGAACAGGAAAGAGCACCCCAGGAAUGGCAAUCGUGAUCCUCGAGCCUCCCGGUUACGGUCCAUGUCCAUGAGCGGAGCCGACAAUAACGAAUCACUCGACAUGGACGAACGUAUGAAACACACCCGUGACUUCAAAAAGAAAGGGUUCAAGGGUAAUAGUCGAGGCAACCACAUACAAGCUCCGUUCGCCACACUGGAGGAGAUGUUCAAAAAGAUCCCCCCAGAAGUUGGCUUCAACAUCGAAAUGAAAUACCCCAUGCUCUUUGAGAGUGAAGAUGAGGAAAUGGACACCUAUGCCGUCGAACUCAAUUCUUUCGUGGACACGGUCCUCACGAAGGUCUAUGACUUGGGCAAAGGGAGGAACGUCAUCUUCUCGAGCUUCAACCCGGACAUUUGCCUCUUGUUGUCGUUCAAACAGCCCUCGAUACCCGUUCUCUUCCUCACCGACUCGGGCACAUCCCCUGCAGGCGACAUCCGAGCCACUUCGCUGCAAGAAGCGGUGCGCUUCGCCUCGCGGUGGAAUCUGUUGGGCAUUGUCUCCGCCGCGGAACCUCUCGUCGCAGCACCACGGCUGGUGAGGGUGGUCAAAGAAAGUGGUCUUGUGUGCGUCAGCUACGGGGUGCUCAACAAUGACAACAAGAUGGUGAGAAGACAGGUCAGACAGGGGAUUGAUGCUGUCAUUGUUGACAACGUGCUUGCCAUUCGGAGAGGCUUGACCGAGGAUGCGGCCAGGGUAAAUGGAACUGGCAGUGUGACCAUGACUAGUCCCGGCGAGAGCAAGUCAGGGGACAAGCAAGAUACCCUGAAUGGAGACACGGACGUCGCACUGGACAAGAUGGACACGUUGAAGAUCCCCGACGCCGUCCACUCGGCCAAGCAAGUCGGGUUGAAGGCCGGGACACUCGUCAAUGGCAACAACGACGAUGGAAGAUAG